CCUGGCAUCUCUGGAUUCAAGCCACUGUCGAAAGUUGUUUCCAUAAUAAAGAUUUGAUUAUAAAAUUUUUUCGGUAGUAAUAUUUCUUUCAUUGAAAAAAUACUAAUUUAGUAUACUUUUUAGAGGUUCUCUAAUACAAAGAACAAUGGAAGCAUGUACAAUCCCUGGCUGCCGAAACAAAUAUGAAACGUUCAUUAGACAUUUGUACACCAUUCCGCCGCCAUCGAAUCUGGAUGACCCAUCUUUGGUGGAAGAGAGAUCGAAUAGGUGGAAAAAACUUUGCCGUGUUACCAAAACCGAUAAGAGUUAUCGGGUCUGCAGCGACCAUUUCUUUUUCAAGCAGCCGGCCGAAACAUCAGACAAGACCCACCCAGAUUGGCUGCCUUGGUUGAAACUUUGUUCAAUUCCCGAUGAUCCGCUCAGAAUACAACGAAGAAUGCAGGAGUACUACCAGCAAAAGAAACGAGUUCAACAAACUCUUUGCAUCGUCAAAGGCUGCAUCAACAGUAAGCCCGGUAUUGGCAAGCAUUUGCAGUCGUUUGCGUUUCCAAAGCUGGACAUGACCAGCUACAUCAAUCGAGUGCUGUCAGAAAAGCGUCUGCUUUUGUGGCUACAAAUCAUUGACCAACCAGAUAGCUGGCGGAUGUUUAACUUCAACAAUUUAAAAAUAUGUCCCCGACAUUUCGUAACAGGAAAAAUGGCUGAACUAACAGACGUGGAAAACGUGGAUUGGAUUCCAUCUGUAGCGCUAGGAAAAAAGAUACCCUUUACUGAUCAUGUUGCCCAUUUCGAUUUACACAAUAUCAUCUCACUGGCUAAAGAUACCUGUCCAAAAAAGGACGAAAAUACAAAUAUUCAUAACUUCAGUUUACCAACGGCAAAUACUGUUCCAAUCACAAUGUCAACGCCAGCUGUACAAUCACAGCUGAGGCUUCAACCAGAAUGUCCAACGCCUUUACUGAACCGUAUCAAAGUGGGACUUAAGUGCAUACUUUGCUUGGAACCAACGGCUCUAAAGGCCAUAGAUACCAGAAACGAUGCUGCUAUCAAGGUCCUGUUUAGCAAUAAACUUAAUGUGGAAAGUGAGUUAAUUUGUAGUAAGUGCUGCAAAUUAGUCGAGGAGUUUUAUUGUUUCUAUGAAUUUGUAUUGCGCACCCAGCAGAAUCUAACGGCAAAGAAAAUCAAAACGAUUAUACCCGUUAUUCCCGAAAAACAAGUACCCCCAGUGGCACGUCCAAAACUACCAACUUCCAAGGUGAACGGUGGAAAAUUAUUCGACACAUUGCCAGAUGAUUAUUAUCAGUGUACACUUUGUAAGUUAAUCGUGUUUAAGAAAAAAAGAUUGAAUCAUCAUCUGCAUCAGGAUCACAAAGUCAAAAUCAGCUGCAAAAUGUGUAAACAGAGUUUUUCGCCGGAUGGAUAUACCGAGCACAAAAAUAACUGCCAAAAUAUUACAAGAGCAAAACGAGAUACUAGAAAAUCUCUCAUCCAAGCUCCGCUUACCAACGCUGACAUUAUCGAUAUGGACGAUACAGACAAUAAUCAGAAAUGUGAAGUCGUAACAACUAUUAAGCGAGAUAUUAGAGAAGUUGUUUUCCAAGCUUCACCAACCGACACUAAAAUCAUCGAUACCGACUGUAAAGACGAUAAACAGAAAGGACAAAAGAGACAUUCCUGUUAUAUUUGCAAAAACUUCUACACACCAGAAGAAAUGAUGGAACACGUAAAAAGUCAUGGUGCUGAACAUAUCACGAAGCGUCAAAUGAUUGAAUUCGGCGAAGAGUAUGAAGCUUGCAAAGAAUGCCAGAAAGCUAUCCUCAAGGAUGACAUGGAAAAACAUCUCGAAGAGCAUGAGGAAAAGCGUGCGCGGAGAAGAGAAUUUAUCAAGAAACAACAAGAGAAAAUCAAACACACAUGCUUCAAAUGCAAUGUGGACUUCCUAUCACUGUAUGCGUUGGAUAAACAUACGAAAUCGCAUAAAAUUGUCAGAUCGGAUGAUAAAAUAGUAUGCCCUGAUUGCAAUCGCAUUGUAAAAGCAAAUUACUUCAAAGUUCAUUGCCAGUUCGUGCACGAUGACGUGUUACUAACCUGCGACAAAUGCGGGAAACAGAUGACCAGAAUGGCACUCAAAAGGCACCGGCAGACUACUUGCUGUGACGAUACUAUGGCACCCUGCGAAGUUUGUGGCAAAACUAUGAAGGCAUAUUUGAUCAAAAGUCACACUGCUAAGGUGCAUUCAAGCAAGCCAAUCAAAUGUAGCUUCUGUCCAAAGGUUUACGACAGCAAAGAUUACGCUAGGUCACAUGAACGAUGGUCGCAUCGUGAGGAAUGGGACAAAAGGCGUCGUGAGGGUAUAAAAGAACUGAACCUAGAUCGGAAUCAACUCGAAGAAGCUCUAGGGUUGAAAAUGAAGUCCGACGGCUCAGAAGAAGUUGAAUCGUCGUGUCCCAUUUGUCUAAAUGUGCAUGGCAAUGCUACUGUUGUCGAAACUCAUAUGCGUAAAGCGCACCCAAAAGAACACUUUGCCAUGAUCAUGGGUGGUGUACCGAUUACUUCCUGCAGAGAAAAUGAGCUCAGAGAACUGUUGCAAAAUGAAGAAAUGAGUGAAUAAAUCUGUUAAUGUAAACCUUUCGUUAUCCAUCAA